AUGGAUGAUUGUAGACAUAUUUAUGUGUUUGGUGGUUCAUCCACAGAAAAUGACUCAUCUAAUGAGAAUGAAAACUGCGAGAAUAUCUCGAACUCAGAAAUUGUACAGCUAGGUUCUAGCACAGAGAAUACUUCUGUUAAUUUGAACAGGGAAAAUACACGAAACCGAAACGUCGAUCACAGUGAUUCUAGAAUCCGUGACUUAGAAAGUUACACUGGCAAUCAAAUGUCGCAAGUUCUUGAGGAGAAACUGAAAAAACAAAGGGAAGAAGUCAGAAAGAGAAGGGUAGAGGAAGACAGGAGAAGGGCAGAGGAAGAGAAAGAAAGGAAACGAAUUGAGGAAGAAAUUAGGAAAGAAGAAAUGGAAUUAGAAAUGGAAGAAAAGAGAAAAAACAGAAAAAGAAAGAUGGAAUGA